UAAAAUCCAACGACACGAUGCUUCGAUGUCGUUCUUGUUCGUUUUAUAUGCAUCGUUUACAUUCCCUGAUAAACCCGGAUGGACGGUUAACGUCUCUCUCUUUGAAGUUUGAACACCCGCACUGAAUUCAGUUUUCAAAGGCCAAAGGAGAGGAGGAAGAAGAAAGAGGAAAGAAGAUUUAUCUCAAGCUCCGUUAACAGUCCGAUCUAGGGUCAUCGACAUGGAAAGCUCGGAGGAGAAGGUGGUCGCCGUGAUCAUGGUUGGUGGCCCCACCAAAGGGACUAGAUUUAGGCCUCUUUCGUUCAAUACCCCGAAGCCCCUAUUCCCUUUGGCUGGGCAGGCAAUGGUUCACCAUCCCAUUUCAGCUUGUAAAAGGAUACCCAAUCUAGCCCAAAUUUUCUUGAUUGGAUUUUACGAGGAGCGGGAAUUUGCGCUAUAUGUGUCUUCGAUAUCCAAUGAGCUGAAAGUUCCAGUGAGGUACUUGAAGGAGGACAAACCACAUGGUUCAGCUGGUGGCCUUUACUACUUCAGAAAUAUGAUCAUGGAAGACUGCCCGUCACAUAUCUUUCUGCUGAAUUGUGAUGUUUGCUGCAAUUUUCCACUGCCUGAUAUGCUUGAGGCCCAUAGAACAUAUGGCGGAAUGGGAACAAUGUUAGUCAUUAAGGUUUCUGCUGAAUCAGCAAGCCAGUUUGGUGAGUUGGUUGCUGAUCCAAUCACCAAAGAGUUGUUGCACUACACCGAGAAACCUGAGACAUUCGUAAGUGAUUUGAUAAACUGUGGUGUCUAUGUAUUUACCCCCGACAUUUUUACUGCCAUUGAAGGUGUGUCCACUCAUAGGGAAGACCGAGCUAAUCUACGUUGCGUGUUGAGCUUUGAAUCCCUCCAGUCUGUGACAAGAACCUUUCCUAUGGAUUUUGUGAGACUGGACCAAGAUAUUUUGUCACCUCUUGCUGGAAAGAAGCAAUUGUAUACAUAUGAGACAAUGGAUUUCUGGGAACAGAUAAAAACUCCAGGAAUGUCAUUAAAAUGUUCUGCUCUGUAUCUUGCCCAAUUCCGAUCAGCCUCCCCCCAUCUUUUGGCUAGUGGGGAUGGCACUAAAAGUGCUACAGUAGUUGGUGAUGUUUAUGUUCAUCCAUCUGCAAAAGUUCACCCAACUGCAAAGAUUGGCCCCAAUGUGUCUAUUUCAGCAAAUGUUCGUGUAGGUGCAGGCGUAAGGCUUAUAAGUUGCAUCAUCUUGGAUGACGUUGAAAUUAAGGAAAAUGCAGUCAUCAUUAAUUCUAUUGUUGGGUGGAAGUCAUCUAUUGGGAAAUGGUCGCGCGUCCAGGCUGAUGGAGACUACAACGCAAAGCUUGGAAUUACGAUCCUGGGAGAAGCAGUCAUUGUGGAAGAUGAAGCUGCUGUUAUAAACUGCAUUGUUCUACCAAAUAAGACUCUUAAUAUUAGUGUACAGGAGGAGAUAAUUUUGUGAUUUGAAGAGACAGAUCCCGCAAUGCCUCUUGUUUUUGUUCUAAUUUUUGCCUCUUUUUUCCCCGCUUCCGUCGUUGCAGUGAGGAACAACUAGGCAACAUUUUUGUUUGCCAUUUUAAUUGUCAUAUCAGCAUAAAUUUUUUAUCAACUUAGAAUGGUCUUUUUGCCAAUUUGAUUUCUGAAAUCUGGAGACUCUUGACUGAACA